GAUCUCACCUAAAUCUGUGGACCCCCCAGUUUGUCCCGAGUAAACUCCCACGGGAUCCCACCCCAAUUUGUCUGAAAUCGAUAGACCAUCGCAUUUGCCACGAAUCACAGGCGUCCCCGAUUAAUUGACCGUAACGAACGGCAUAAUAGCCGCUGGGACCAAGCCAAGACGAAUCCUCCGUGGGAAUAUGGAGGGGAGGGGCAAGAGGAUGAGAGAUGGGAUAACGGGUAGGGGUGACGGAGAGGAGAAUUGUUUGGGGGGGACUCUAUGCGGUUUGUUUUUGUCCUUCAUCUUGUACUUUGUUUCUCUUUUAAUAGCUAUCGGUGGCUUGUUUCGGUUCCUCCGACCUGAUCGCUGGUCCUGGGGCGGGAGAGGCGGAUUGCUCUUUUUGAUGUUAGAGCCGAAAAGGUAUAUUAGACGCAGACAUAAAACGAAUCGCUCCUCUGUUUUUGUCCGUCGGCUCUUCAUACCUUUUCUCCCCCUUCAAGAGAAAAUAUUCACCGUUUCCUGUGUGUUGGUGAUACAAGAUGAGGUUUCCUGCUAAGGAAGGGCUUCUCGUGGCCCUCUCUGCGAGCGGCGUCCGGGCCGUAAACAACGGACUGGCGAGAACUCCCCAGAUGGGAUGGGUAUGUUACUUGUGUGACUGAUGCUUUUUUCGUCCUGUCCCGGCACAUCUCAGUCGAAGCAAAUCG